CCCCUCUCUAAACACUUCACAUUCAGAGUCGUCUUAUACGUAACUUAUCACGGACAUCACACAUCGUUCAUUUUUAUAAUCACAUAUUAUAUUAAUGCCACUUAGAACGAAACAAUUUGUAACAUUUAUCACAUUUCGAAAGUACUUGCAAUCAAAAAUGAACAAUGAAAGAUGUAUUAGCAUUCAUUCUGAUACACACACAGAGGUUUAUGAUAUUCCAAUGAACGUACUUAUCCGACCAAUUCCUCCAAUUGUCGAUGAAGAAAAGGUACAAAGCUUAAUGAAUACAUUGAACGACCCUGAAACAGUAUCAUUGGUACCGCCAAUCGAUGUUUUAUGGAUUAAAGGAAGCGAAGGCGGCGAUUAUUAUUACUCUUUUGGCGGAUGUCAUCGAUAUACAGCCCAUCAAAGACUUGGAAGACCAUUCAUAAGAGCGAAACUAAUACAAUCUACAAUAACGGACUUAAAAUCUUAUUUAGGCGGAUCUACCCCCAAUUUAAAAUAGCCGUAUUUGUAUGUGUUAUCUAUAAAUUCUAUACUGGUAUGUCUAUGGAAAAUGAAUUGAUUUAUUUAUUAAUGCGCUGUACUUUAUUAACUAUUUUGUUAAUGUAAUUUUAAUGUUAACAUUUAUUUCAAAUCUUUAUACUUUGUUCAGAUUAUAAGUACACUGUAUGUAAAAUUUUCGUAUUUUGUACUACAUUUGUGUAAAAUGAAUCAAACUUUGAUAUGAUAAAAUAGUAGAUAAAAUAAACUAUAUAUGAUAAAAAGUU